ACAAAAUUAUGCGCCUCGGGAAUACAAAUACCACGAUUGCUUUGACAGAGACUACCCCUGCAGUAUGUUCGAGUAGGUUAGUUAGCGUUGUAAGUUGUGCAUUCAUGUCGUAUAACGUUAAUAAGACACUUUUAUAUUAUUAUAGCCUGCAGUAGGUUAAUGUAGUUUUCACAGCUUUAGCUAGCUAGCUGUUGACCGUGCUAGAGAACAUACUAACUCGGCUUGCUAGCUGGCUGUGCAGGUAACUAGAGUUUAAGCUAACUCACAGAGGACACAACCAUGGCUUAUACGCAGAUAUUGAAAGCCCUGCACCGGAAUCUACAACAGACAUCGAGACAGUACUCCGUGCAGAAAUGCAAACUCACACAGGUCAGCUCGCUCAUCCAAACACACAGGACUGUGUCGACAGUAUCAAGACUGACCUUUCACAGAAGAGUCGGGGCUCCUUCUGUUCAGCCAGCACUGAGCUGCUUCAUUCAUGUAACGUUAGAGAGACGGCGGGCUAUUUCCCUCGACUCUACAGCCAGAAAUAAAAGCAGCCCAGAAGAGAGAGACAAGUCAGUGUACAGGUAUCAGAGUGGGAGCCCAAAGCCUUCAGCUGCACAAAAAGUGAAAGAAGCUGGCAGAGACUUCACCUACCUGAUAGUUGUCCUCAUCGGGCUUGGAGUGACGGGUGCGCUGUUAUAUGUGGUGUUCCAGGAGCUGUUUUCUUCCUCAAGUCCAAAUAAAAUCUAUGGGAAAGCCUUCAACAAAGUCAGGUUACACCCAGAGGUGAUUGGUGCAUUUGGCGAGCCAAUCAAGUGUUAUGGGGAGACUACCCGUCGAGGAAGGAGGCAGCAAGUCAGUCACCUGGAGUAUCUGAAGGAUGGACUGAAGCAUAUGAGACUUACGUUUUACAUCGAAGGCUCUGAACCUGGCCUCAAAGGAACUGUACAUUCAGAGUCAAAAGAGAAUCCUGAAACCGGAAAAUAUGAGUUUCGCUACAUAUUUGUGGACAUAGACACCUACCCAAGAAGGACCAUCAUUGUGGAAGAUAACCGAUAAGAUAAUAAACUCAGAAGUGUCACUUCGCUGUGAAAGCAUUGUGAAAAUGUGAAAAGGCAGGUUUGUGUUAUUGGACAAAUAGCUAAAGGUGCACUGAAAAUUUAACUUUACUAUUAAAAGCUGUUAUGUUGAACAUCAACUGUUUUGGCUGAUUGAAACUUUGCUACAACAAUGUACUGGUCAGGAUUUGGUGGAGAGCUUUGUAAAGCAGUCUCAUUCACAGAAAAUUAUCAUUGACUCUUAUUUGUUAUUGUUCUAUAAAUCAUACACAUGUGCUACAAGUAGUUUUUUGUUGUUUUUUACUGAAAGACAACAGGAUGACUUUUUGAAAUAACUUCAAAAUCAAAGAUGCUCUUAAAUUGUAAUAAGAAAUGUGUGAGGACAAACAGGAUCAGACAACAAAAAAAUAAGUGGUCUGUCAUUUUAGAGAUCUUGAAAAUGUUGCAAAUUCCUUGUGUUCUGAAAUUAGCUCAGUCAUAUACACCAUAUAUUCUGAUAGGUCUGCUUUUCUUUUCAAUUUACAUAUGUAUUUUAGAGUUUAGUUUAAUGUAUAAUUCUGUAUUUGAUUGUCUUUUCGAAAUGGUAUGUUGCAUUAUAAAACAGUGACCACUAGAUGGAGGCAAAGAAUCAAUCAAUCAGAUAGGAACACCCUGAUAUGACCUUUUUUUUAAUAUAAUUUCUCAUUCAUUUACGACUUUCUAUGUAUUUGAAUGGGUAUUUUUAAUAGUUUAACAUAUUUUGGGAGGUAUCACGGGGAAACAGACUUUGAAGACUCGACAUUAACUGAACAUCUGAUUUUAAACAAUGAACAGCCAGGUUACUCUUGGAAUAAUUUCGCCUCUUAAGAAAUGUAUAUUCUGAUACGUUGAUAUACAUGUGUAAUAUAAUGACAUUGGUUAUUGAAAAUAUUAUGGAUUUGGUCCCAUUUUACCCUUAUGUCAGACAAUCCUAUGCUACCUUCCAUGACCGUCGGAAAUGUUGACAUUUAUAGUGGAACACAAUUAAAUUCCCAAGCAAUAACCCGGGAAAUAUCACUUUUUUAAAUCACUUUUUUGUAACAUCUGCUGCCGAGAUGCGAUCUCCGGGGAGACAGAGAAUGUGUUAUUACUAAUUUGAAUUCUUUGAUAACUGUACUGUUAGCGGGUUUUUUUUCCUUUUACCAUUAAAACAAACUAUGAACCCACCUGAGAUGGGCGUUCUUAUUUCCAUUAUUCUGUGGAAAACCAAAGUAGCUCCAUACUGCUUGACUAAUACAACGGCAUUUGGAGAUGCAAUUUCUGACAGGAACAACAGCACUUGAACGUAAAAACUAACCGAUUAAUUGCAAUUAUUACGUCUGUGUUCAGGCCAGGGGAGCAGUUUACGGGAAGCACUGAAGGCAACAGUUGUAUUAACCCCGCCCACUGUGAAACCAAAGGCAGCAAUGAACGCACAAGGAUGUGAUAAGUCCCUUAACGCUAGCUAAAACUCUAAAGCACUAGUUUAGUUGUUUCCUUAAUAUUAAGUUAACGAGUAGCUUGCCGAGUAACUAGCUAGUAACCUUGUAUAUAAUACUAAGAAGGUAUGUUCAUAAAGCAGGACAGCUUUAGUUAUUGUUUUGUUCGCGGCGUGGGUAAAUAGUGUAGCGGCUGUUGUUGUUGUGGCCUGCUACACGAUAGCCUAGCUGAACUAGCUGUAGCCUCAGCUGGUUCCUGGAGCUCUACUCGCAUCACAUCCCGAAACGACAAGGGAAAUGGCACACCUUCCCAGCUAACUCAGAAGGCCGAGUAGUUGUCGCUAUAAAGGAUCAGCAAGUUGUUCCCCAGCUAUGAGAGCCUGUACUCAGUGAUUGACAUCUCACAAAAAUGGAGCUGUACUGGUAUAUAGUUGUUAUCAUAUUCAUCAUCAUCAAAAUAUUCUUCUAUGUGUGCUGGUACCGAUCAAGACAGAGGCAGCUGGCGGCAUACCUGAGCAACCCACGAAAUGCUCAGAUCGUCAUUGUUGGAGGAAGGGCCUACCUUCAUCAGAUGUGUGAGAGACAGAGUCAAACCUCUGUCUGGCCUAGUCUGUAUGGUGUUCAGGAUGACCUGUCGAUAGAGGAGCCCUCCACAGCCCUGCCACCAGCUGCGUCCUUUUCCCACUUGGACAUGCCACCACCCUAUGAGGCAGUCUCUGGAGAGGAUGAUCUGAAGCCCCCUCCCUACAGCCAGUGUGCUCAUGCCGCUGAGGCCGAUGUUCUUCGUCCCUUCCAUCACGCUCCCCUCAUUUCUGAGGGAGGAGACACCAUUAGCAUAAAUGAAGCCCCACCACCCUACACACCGUCUGCCCCUACACAAGUCAGUCAACUAGAUGGCCCUGUAAGUCACAGUGAGUCCCAGUCAGAGAGCAGGUCCACCUAAUCAAUCCCUGAUGCAAAUUUGCCUUUUCCAUGCACUGCCUUCCUACAUUCAACCUCAGUGAUCGCUGCCAGCCUAACUCUCGUCACAUGAGAACAGAUGUUUAUUUGGAUGCUAGUUUGUGUGUAUGCGUGUGUGUUUGGUGGUUUUUAGAAGUUGUUUUUCUACUUUGUAUUUUUAUUUUUUUUAAGUGGUCAUCUGAUGAGUUUGGCAAUAACAGAUGACAUCAGCAAGCCUGUGUGCCUCAGUCAGGACCACAGAACCUGCCUCCCAGCUAGGAUGAGGAUAAUACCCUUGACCUCUAAGCUCAAAGGGAAUCAGUGAGAUACAGAUAAGCAGAGAGACACAUACUUUCAAGUGUGCUUAUAAAGUUGUUUCCUGCUGUAUGUCCGAGGCCAUUUCCUUUCACAGAUCUAAUACAAUUGACUCAUUCCAAAAGCAUGAUUGGGGAAAUGAGUAGAUGCUUGGUUUUAGUUCCUGCUACUGUGAUACACAAUAUGUGGGACAUUACUUGUCACAUUACUGUGUGUGUGUCUGUCUAUAGAUAUUGUUCUGAAAACAGUAGCUCAAUAACAGUGUGUGAUAGAAAAUUCAUGGUGUAGACAGUCUAAUUAGAUUUCUGGCUAUUUGCUGCAUAUAUGUGCAUAUUGAAUAAAUUGUUUCAACGUCUUCAAACUGUUAUAACUCAAUGCUUCAUUAAUACUGCAUGUGUUAUUUGAAGACAAAGUAUGUUGACUGAGAACUAUUUGAUAAUGAAUGCACACACUAAUUGUUAAGUAAUGACCUCAUUAACAUAACUGGUUCUGGUUAAUAUAUCAUGGUGAUUAUACUGGCACAUCAGGCAAUUCAAGUGCCUAUUAGAUCUGUGAAUGGAAGUGAGCACGGACGUGCUGAUAAAAUAAAUUAACACUUUUUGACAGUAGACAAGAGGUUGUUCUCUGUUGAUUAUCAUCUCUGCCGCUGGAUUCUUUCUGUUGCUGCUUUACAUUUGCACCUAUAUGCCAGAAAGCAAUGUUCGGUCCGAACAGUAUGAACAUGAAUUUUCUUAUUUCUGUGAGUUGUGGAAUUGUGGAGAAAAAAUCUUCAGAAGUGUGAGGGGUAAAUUGUUGCUUAGUCCCUUAACACGCAUGAAAAACAUAUUUUUCUGUAGUUGUAGAUCCAUCUGUAAAAUAAUCAGGUUUGAUGUUAUGAAUUGUAAUGUUGAGCUGAAGGCUUGAAUUGAGGAAAAUAAUGUCAUCAAAAGAAAAAUGUGUAACAAUCCUGGGGGAAAAAAAAUACACACAAGGCUUAGAGCUAAGGCUCAAAACAUUUUUGGAGCUAAAUGCUGCAUUUUACGCAGUUGCUAAAAAUUCACCAACAAAACUCAGUUGUUAUCAUUAUUAUUAUUAUUAUUAUUGUUGCAAUCAAGACUAACCAAAAAAUGUUUUUAACAACAGCUUUUGUUUCCUGUAAUCUUCAUGUUAAUCUACCACGGGCUGGUAGAGGUCAGCAAACUGUAUGUGUAUUUCUUCUCUUUCUUCUUAUUUUCUGGUGCAGUAUUGCUUUGGGAAAGGUCUUUGCUGUGCUUUUUGCUUUUUGAAUCACUGCAUUUCAGAUAAUCCGGUAAUAACACUGUUAGAAGAUGCUCCCAAAUGAUCCACCUCUUGUGUUUGUUUCAGCAACAAUGUAAUCUGUGUACAGUUUCUCAACAUUAUAAAAAAAGAGAAAAUAAAUCGAAAUGAACGCUGUAUAAAUGUAUUUUGGGCUUUUGGGUAAAGUGUAUAAAAGGGGAUCUUCAUAGAGGAUCGGAAUUUAAAAUGUAAUGUUGAUGUUUUAAUGAUAAUCCCUCGUAUUGUGAUGACAAAUCGUGGAGCAUCUGUCACUGAUGCCUUUUUUAAAAGAAUCUUUCCUGUGGUUUUACAUUCUGAAGGAUGCAACAGAGAAGCUGCAAGGUACAGAUCUGAACUUUGAACUCACUAACAGCAGCAGCAUGAUGAUGAUUGACUAGCUAAACCAGAGUGUUACAGGCUUCUGCUGUAAUGUACGUCCUGUUUGUUAACUUCAUGUUCAUUCCCAUGGUGAUUGACAUAUCAGAUCUCUCCAGUCAGUAGCUUUGUGAGUUGAGGGGAAUUUUAUAAAAAAAAAAAAAAAAAUGUUUUUCCUAUUUUGGGGGGAAUACGUCUUCUGUAUUAAACUGUUGUUUAUAGUC